ACAUAUCGAGAGCGAAAAUAUAAUGAGGAAGCAAUGGCUAGUUUAAUAACCGAAUUCGUCGGUAAUAAUGAAGUAAUCAGGAACAGUGCACUCGAAUUGUAUCCUACUGAAGGAAAGUCGAAAAAAGAUGUGACCAGAGAGUAUAUGAAGUUAUACAGUGAUUUGUUUGUCAACAAUGCUAUACAUGCAUUCGCAGAAAAUAUGACACGAGCAGGCCAUACCGUUUAUUUGUAUAAUUUUGAAUAUCAUCCACCAUCGUUUGGUGCAUUGGGAUGGGCAUUCCCCUUCAUUGGUUGGUAG